AUGCCCUCAAGAAACCAUUCUACGAAACACAAGACAUUAAAAAAUCAACAAAGUGGGCAGAAGGAUAUGGUUACAGGUAGCAGUCCACCAUAUGCAGAGAUCGCAAGCCCGUAUUUACCAUCACUUCAAACUCAUCAUGGCUGUGGAGAUAAAUCUACUAAUGGGAGAACGAAUGAAAUGGGUAAAGAGAAACAGAACUCUAAUUUGAUGAAAUCACGCAAUACUUCAACUUUGACGAUGGAAUCGUUUUUAUCGCCACAUGAGCUUUGUUUUAACAUUCCGAGUGGAAUUAAUAGCUUUUCGCAUCAGUUUUCAAUAUUAAAUAGCAAUAACUUUUAUGAAUACGGCUUUUUUGAUUAUGGUGAUUAUGAUACGAAAAAGACAGAUACCGUCGAUACUAAACACUCCAUCACAAGAGAACCCUGUGAUGAUUCCACUUGGGGGUCUCAACCAGAAACUCCAACUGAUCUCUUGUUGUCUUAUUCACACUCAUUAAGUGAGUUUAAUCGUACUCCAUACGACGAACCUACAAACCAGAGUGAUAAGGGGGAUGAUGUGAAUAUACAAACUCCAUUACAGAAAACAAUCUCUAUUAUAGAUUAUAGUGAAAUAUAUGGUGAAUUUGGUAUGUCCUCCACAUGUAUUACAGAAGUCUUCAGCGAACCGGUACCACCACCAACAACAACAGGAGCACCACUCACUCUACAUAAGUAUAAAAAAGUAGAAGAACCACAAUUUGAUGAUAAUGAUGGACAAAAAACAGUAAUUCCCCAGAUAUUGGUUUCUGAACCUCCGUUAAGAAGGUCUCGUGGUACUUCAUUCUCUAGGGGAAUUUCAACACGUAAAGUCACCUGGAUAGAACCACUUCCUGAACUUAAAUCAUCAGCUCCAAGUCUCCCAAAGCCACAGAAAAAAAAUGUCUCUCAACCGAUAGUUUCCUCUAAAGUACCACAGACCUUACCUAAUGUCUCUGACGGGAAGAAAAAAAAGAAUAACUUUAAAAUGCGGAGAUUCCGUCGCUAUGGUAUUUGCAUAGAAACAUCCUCUCGCAGUAGGAAUAACAGGAAUGUAGAGUUCCGUCUCAAGUUAGUUACUCUUAUUUUAUCGCGUGGGAAUGUGGAAAAGGAAAAAGAAGAGGAAGAAGAAGAAGAAAAAGAGAUCUUAAGAGGGAAUGAUGAUGAGAUGGAGUCGUUAUUGGAGUCUAGUGUGGCCUCCAGUACUGUGACUGUUAUCCACCAGGGCGAACUCCAAAAUGGUUGUCUAGUCGAACUAAAGGCAGAUUACGAUUUUGAUGAAGUGAUUACUUCUACUAAGAUUACCCGUUCCAUCACUCUUACAAGACUCUUACAACUUACCCAUUGUGGUAUUCCCACCUUCAUGCCGAUUACUUAUGCCUUGGGAUGUCAUUCAAUGGCGACGAGAUUAUGCCGUAAUGUUCUCAGGGAAUUAGUACGACGUUUUCGGGAUGGAACCAAACUGGACAAGACAACAUGUAAUGUAUGGAUUUCACUCUGUGCAGUGAUGAGUCCCUCUUUUGCUGUUGAUCUCCUCCGUCAUUCAAGAAACCAUGAUGAUGUCGUGUCGUUAAGGAAUGGUUUUAUAGCUUUUUGUGGUCCUUUCUUUAUGGAUAUGAUAUGGAUGGAAGUAACGUCAGAGGUUUAUUUUUUAAAUUUAGAAGAUAUUAUCUUGCGAGAACAACUUCAUAAACCGGAUGGUUUAAUUAUAGGAACACUUCUAGCGAGAGAGUAUUCCCCUGGAAACCAAAAUAAGGGAUCUAUGGAAACAUUAUUGCUUCCUAGUUUUACUUUUUCAUUAACAAGUAACCCGACAGUUUUCCCGACUAUUUCUGAGGCAAAGGCAUCGCCUUUGCAGUUUUUCUUAAUGAGUGCAUUUAAUGAAAAAGUAACAACACAUGUAACAUGUGUGACCGAUAAUAGCGCAACUUCAUAUCAAUACUUUGAGCAUGCCAUGAACAUUCCGCAAACUAUAAAUAAACCUCUGUAUAUUUACGAUAUCAAUCGCCAAUUCAAAAGGGCAAAUAAAUACCUAAAAGGAAAAAACUUAUCUGAUACUAAAGAUUUGGAAAAAAGCAGUGCUUCUUUUUCCUCAUUUAUGAAGGCAUAUAAGAGUGCCAAGUCGAUGCUAAUGAACCCGGAAAUGAUUCCAAUGAACUGCAUGAAAAGUAUCUUCACGAGCCCUUUAUUGGAGAAACCUGACGUUCAUAAAGAAGAGAGAACACUUCACAGAAAGCGCUUAGUUGAAGUGAAGAGUAGUCAUGAUCAUAUUCUUGAAACUGAGAUGCGGUUAAUUAGGGGUAAAAUGUCACAGCAUAAGUUUUACAAGGAGGAAAAACGUUCUCAUAAACUUCCACCAUUGGUCCAAUCCCGAUCACAAAAAUAA